UCUAAUUCCUCAUUACGAUCCAAUUUCAGCGAGAGCGAGAGCGAGAGAAUUGAGUCAGAGAGAGAGAGAUGGAGAAAUCAUCGUCGUCAGCGAUGGAGGCAUUCGAAAAGCUAGAGAAGGUGGGAGAGGGAACCUAUGGGAAAGUGUACAGAGCGAGAGAGAAGGCCACGGGGAAAAUCGUGGCACUGAAGAAAACCAGACUCCAUGAGGACGACGAAGGUGUCCCUCCCACCACUCUUCGCGAGGUCUCCUUGCUGCGUAUGCUCUCUAGGGAUCCCCAUGUUGUCAGACUGAUGGAUGUCAAACAAGGCCAGAACAAGGAAGGGAAGACAGUUCUCUACUUGGUGUUUGAGUACAUGGACACUGACCUCAAAAAAUUCAUCCGAAGCUUCCGUCAAACAGGAGAGAACAUUCCUACCAAAAACAUCAAGAGCUUGAUGUACCAGCUUUGUAAGGGUGUUGCUUUCUGCCACGGUCAUGGAGUACUGCACAGGGACUUGAAGCCUCACAAUCUCUUAAUGGACCGAAAAACAAUGAUGCUUAAAAUUGCAGAUCUUGGAUUGGCUCGAGCAUUUACACUUCCUAUCAAGAAGUACACUCAUGAGAUAUUGACCCUUUGGUAUAGGGCUCCUGAGGUCCUUCUGGGGGCUACCCAUUACUCAACAGCAGUCGACAUCUGGUCUGUUGGCUGUAUAUUUGCUGAACUAGUCACAAAGCAAGCACUUUUCCCGGGAGAUUCUGAGCUGCAGCAGCUGCUCCACAUUUUCAGAUUGUUGGGUACUCCAAAUGAAGAAGUCUGGCCAGGAGUAAGCAAUCUAAUGAACUGGCAUGAAUACCCCCAGUGGAGCUCUCAGCCACUGUCAUCAGUCAUUCCCAAUCUGGAGGAGGAUGGCCUAGACCUGCUGUUGCAAAUGUUGCAGUAUGAACCAUCUAAGCGGAUUUCGGCAAAGAAAGCUAUGGAACAUCCUUACUUUGAUGAUCUAGACAAGACCUAUCUCUAAAUAUCACUGACCCCACCAGCAAUCAAUGGAGUACUUGGUUUUGGAUUAAUGCUGUGAUGAUAUAUGGUCAGCUUAAUGAGGCUGUAGCUAAUUUCUUGCUUUUCUCAAGCAUUUAUAACUCCUGGCAGAAAAUUUUUAUCAAGAUUGCGUGUAUCCUAAGUUCAAAUACAAUUGCUUGUUGAUUACAUUUGGUUUUAAUGGUAUCAAACAGCUUAAUGAGGCUCUGUAGCUAAUUUUCUUACUUUUCUCAAGCAUUUAUGACUCACUGCCAGAAAAAAUUUAUCUAGAUUGCUUGUAUCCUAAGUUCAAAUCCAAUUGCUUGUUGAUUACAUUUG